AUGGACAGGAUUUUCUCUGGCUUCUUGCUCUCUGUGCUUCUUCUCUUCCAGGAUCAUGGCAUUUACGGGGCUCCCCCUCAGCCCGGAGGUGCUCUGUGUAGGACAAGACCCACCGACCUGGUGUUCAUCAUAGACAGCUCCCGCAGCGUGCGCCCCCAUGAAUUUGAGCAGGUCAAAGUCUUCUUGUCCCAGGUCAUCGAGUCCCUCGAUGUGGGCCCCAAUGCCACUCGGGUGGGGGUGAUCAAUUAUGCCAGCACAGUCAAGAACGAGUUCUCCCUCAAGACCCAUUGGACCAAAGCCAGCCUGCUGCAAGCAGUCCGCAAGAUCAAGCCGCUCUCCACGGGCACCAUGACGGGCUUGGCGAUCCAGUUUGCCAUCAAUAGGGCGUUCAGUGACUCAGAAGGGGCCCGUGUGAGGUCUCCUGAGAUUAACAAGGUGGCAAUCAUUGUGACAGAUGGACGCCCCCAGGAUGGCGUGAAGGAUGUAUCAGCGAGGGCAAGAUCCCUUGGCAUUGAGCUGUUUGCCAUCGGGGUAGGCCGAGUGGACAAGAACACUCUUCGGCAAAUGGCGAGCGAGAAGCUGGACGAUCAUGUGGACUAUGUAGAGAGCUACAGUGUCAUUGAGAAGCUGGCCACGAAAUUUCAAGAGGCCUUCUGUGAUCUGUCAGACCUCUGUGCCUCUGGAGACCACGACUGUCAGCAGAUCUGUGUCAGCACACCCGGGUCAUACACCUGUGCUUGCAAAGAGGGCUUCACUCUGAACAGCGAUGGGAAAACCUGCAGUGCCUGCAAUAGUGAAUCUGCCAUUGACCUUGUGUUCCUGAUUGAUGGCUCCAAGAGUGUGCGGCCUGAGAACUUUGAGCUUAUGAAGAAGUUCAUUAACCAGAUUGUGGAUUCAUUGGAUGUCUCCGAUAAAAAUGCUCGCGUGGGCCUAGUCCAGUACUCCAGCUCCGUCAGGCAGGAGUUCCCUCUGGGACGGUACAACAACAAGAAGGACAUCAAGGCAGCAGUGAAAAGGAUGUCCUACAUGGAGAAAGGAACCAUGACAGGCCUAGCACUGAGGCACCUCACUGAAAAGUCUUUUGAUCCCUCCAGUGGAGCCAGACCUGGAUUCCCCAAGGUGGGCAUUGUCUUCACGGAUGGACGGUCACAAGAUUACAUCAGCGAUGCUGCCAAGAAAGCCAAGGAUUCAGGCUUUGAGAUGUUUGCUGUGGGAGUGGGCAAUGCCGUUGAAGAUGAAUUAAGAGAAAUUGCCUCAGAGCCAGUAGCAGCACACUACUUCUACACUGCUGAUUUCAGUACCAUCAACAAGAUUGCAAAGGAACUGCCCACGAAAAUCUGUGUUGAAGAGGACCCAUGUGAAUGUAAAGCCAUUGUGAACUUCCAGAAAAAAGCAGAAGACCUCAUAAAGUCCUUGACACAAAAACUGGAAGCUGUGACAAAAAGGAUCGCAGCCCUGGAAAACAAGAUCAUCUAA